GUAGUGGCGGCCCGUUCUGAGUCCGGCAGUAGGUGGGGCUCUGUUGCCAGAGUAACCUGGCGUUGGUGUUGGUGUAGGUGUUUUCCAGUCGCAAAGUUACCUAUUUCCUGGUGCUGAGAUCCUGAGGCGAUGAAUCACAGUGAAAGAUUCGUUUUCAUUGCAGAGUGGUAUGAUCCAAAUGCUUCACUAUUUCGACGUUAUGAGCUUUUAUUUUACCCAGGGGAUGGAUCUGUUGAAAUGCAUGAUGUAAAGAAUCAUCGCACCUUUUUAAAGCGGACCAAAUAUGAAGACCUUCACUUGGAAGAUUUGUUUAUAGGCAACAAAGUGAAUGUCUUUUCUCGACAACUGGUGCUAAUUGACUAUGGGGAUCAAUAUACAGCUCGCCAACUGGGCAGUAAGAAAGAAAAAACACUAGCCCUGAUUAAACCAGAUGCAGUAUCAAAAGCUGGAGAAAUAAUUGAAAUAAUAAACAAAGCUGGAUUUACUCUAACCAAACUCAAAAUGAUGACGCUUUCGAGGAAAGAAGCAACUGAUUUUCAUAUAGAUCAUCAGUCAAGGCCCUUUUUAAAUGAGCUGAUCCAGUUUAUUACAAGUGGCCCUAUAAUUGCUAUGGAGAUUUUAAGAGAUGAUGCUAUAUGCGAAUGGAAAAGGCUUCUUGGACCUGCAAACUCUGGACUGGCGCGUACAGAUGCUCCUGGAAGCAUUAGAGCCAUCUUUGGAACAGAUGGCAUAAGAAAUGCAGCUCACGGCCCUGAUUCUUUGUCUUGUGCUGCCAGAGAAAUGGAGUUAUUUUUUCCUUCAAGUGGAGUCUGUGGCCCAGCAAACACUGCUAAAUUUACCAGUUGCACUACUUGUUGCAUUGUUAAGCCCCAUGCCAUCAGUGAAGGACUGCUGGGGAAGAUCCUGAUGGCAAUCCGAGAUGCAGGUUUUGAAAUCUCAGCUAUGCAGAUGUUCAACAUGGAUCGAGUUAAUGUUGAAGUUUAUGAAGUUUAUAAAGGAGUAGUGUCUGAAUAUAAUGAAAUGGUGACAGAAAUGUAUUCUGGCCCUUGUGUAGCCAUGGAGAUUCAACAGACUAACCCUACAAUGACAUUUCGAGAAUUCUGUGGACCUGCUGAUCCUGAAAUUGCCCGGCAUUUACGCCCUGGAACCCUCCGAGCAAUCUUUGGUAAAACUAAGAUCCAGAAUGCUGUACACUGUACUGAUCUGCCAGAGGAUGGCCUAUUAGAGGUUCAGUAUUUCUUCAAGAUCUUGGAUAACUAGCAGUAGAGAAAGAAGUCACAGGUUGGGACAUUUAGACAAGAGUGAAUCAUGCACAUGAGAAAUGUGUUCAUUCUUUUAUUGUCCAUUGUUUUAACCUGACUGAAUACAAGAUCAACAAGAGCACUGUACUCCUGGCAAUUAUGACAUAUGUUAGAACAUGGAUUUUGCACUGUAGACAACAUUUAACACCAGUCUAUGGGGUACUGCAUUGCUUUUUAUAAAGUCCAAAAUAAAGAUUUUUUUUUUUUUUU